UAAUUGAGGUGUGUUGAAGAGGGAAGCCUCCUGAAGCUGCAGGACAGUGGCACUCGAGGACUGGGGUUAAAAAUCCUUUUGUGGUACUUUAUGAGCUGUAUCUACAAUGAACUACAAAGGAGAGCUGUUCAGAGUGCUGUAUUUUCCACCAGGAACUGGAACAUGCAGCAAACACUACCACAAGGUGGCGGUUAUGCACCAAAGUCAUCACCACAAGGUGGGGGAUUUUAGUUUUUGGAGCUGAACGUUUAACGAAGACACCUGAACCUGAAUUAUUACAGCGGAGCUUUGGAGCGCGCGCGCCCGGAGCUGCGGCUGGAACCUGGCCGGGACCGGAGAGACACGAGACACGCCACGCCACGCCAGACCCGCACUUCGGACUCCUCUCCUCCGACGAGGCGGCGCGAUGUGUUCCGUCAUCGGAGCAGCACGGUAGUCCGAGUCCGGCGGCGGGAGCGCGUUUAUUCGGACGGAAACGCGGCUGAUCUGAGAUCUGCACCGAGCUCUUUCCAACCCCACCCCCCCUUUCUGGGUUUUUUUUUUUUUUUUUUUUUUUUUUCCUUUUCUUUUCCUGAUCGGACGAAGUUAACGUUUCCUUCUCAAAAUCGUCUGUAUACAUAAAGAAAAGGGGAAAAGACGUAAAGAUUUAGAAACUCUUCACCCUACGUGGGGAUCUACACUUUUAAAAUAAAUCCACCUUCGUUCGCUUCCAGCUUUGUCCGCUGUUUUGAUCUCUGCAUGAACAGUCAAGCGGAAAAUCCCGCAGCAGCAUGCCGAGGAGAAAGCAGCAAGCACCGCGGCGGUCAGCAGCUUAUGGACCAGAGGAUGAGUUUAAAACAGGGAAAACUGAUGAAGAAGAGCACCUCCUGGACGAUGGCCUUUCCCUCGAUGGUCAAGAUGCAGAGUUUCUCUUUAAUGACGACGAGGAGCCGAGAGAGCAUUAUAGCUGCCAGAACUCUCCACUUAGCAAUGGCACUAACCAAGAUGCUGGAUAUGCUUCGCCACUCAGUACCACCAGUGACCAACUGGUGGACCUUAAGACCACUGCUUCCUCCUCCAGCGAUCAGGAAAAGCUAGAGGAAAAGCUUGGUGAAGGUACUGAGUCGAUAAAUGGCCUCUCUCUCCAGGACAGUCUGACAAAAAUGAAAGCCGUCUAUGCAAACUUGAUUUCAGAUGCCUCCUGGUCCAGUAUUGCCCUGGACAUGCUUAAAAGUAAACAAGGGAACAAUUUGGCAGCUAGCAAUGGGAGUGGUAGCAGCUACAAAGGCAGCAAUGGGUUCCUGAAUAGUCACAGUUCUAGCAACAGCCAUGCGAAGAGCAGAUGUAGCGACACCCCAGUCACCACUCACUUAAACAGCAGCAGCACAACCGCAAAAACAGUAUCGAGCAACAGCAACACUGGCAUCAGCUCUGCAAGCACUGGAGGAUUAGCAUACGACUGGCAUCAGGCAGCUUUGGCUAAAACUCUUCAGCAAAAUCCGUACCAACUUCUCCCUGAGCCAAGCCUCUUCAGCACCGUGCAGCUUUACAGGCAGAACAACAAACUGUAUGGGCCGGUUUUUACUGGAGCCAGCAAAUUUCGGUGUAAGGACUGUAGUGCCGCCUAUGACACCUUAGUUGGUCUGACUGUGCACAUGAACGAGACCGGCCACUACCGCGAUGACAACAAGGAUCCAGAGGAUGAUCGGAGCAAGAAGUGGUCCAAGCCGCGCAAGCGUUCUUUGUUGGAGAUGGAAGGCAAAGAAGAUGCCCAGAAAGUUCUUAAAUGCAUGUACUGUGGCCACUCUUUUGAAUCCUUGCAAGAUCUUAGUGUUCACAUGAUAAAAACAAAACACUAUCAGAAAGUGCCUCUAAAAGAACCAAUGCCAGCCCUUACCUCGAAACUGGUGCCCCCGACCAAAAAAAGAGCAUUUCAGGACCUGAUGUCUCCAAGCUCACCAGAGUCUGUGUCUUCGGGUAUAUUCCUAGGAGACUCUCCAAAAGACCAAAAAGCAGCUAAUCCCUACGUCACUCCUAACAAUCGAUAUGGCUACCAAAAUGGUGCCAGUUAUACCUGGCAGUUUGAGGCACGAAAGGCACAAAUUCUCAAAUGCAUGGAAUGUGGAAGCUCCCACGACACACUACAACAGUUGACAGCCCACAUGAUGGUCACAGGACACUUUCUGAAAGUUACAAAUUCAGCCUCUAAAAAAGGCAAGCAGUUAGUUUUGGAUCCUGUUAUCGAGGAGAAAAUUCAGUCAAUUCCUUUGCCUCCUACCACGAAACGUCUCCCGGCACCCAACGGUAAGCCACAGCCGGACUCCCCGUUGCAGCCCUGCAGCCCGGAAGACAGAAGUGAAGAAAAGAGAGAUGACGAGACAGAGGAAGAGAAGUUUGAAGUGAGAGAACCUGAGAAAAAAAUUAAAGAGGAAAAAGAAGACCCUACUGAGAAGCCUGUAAAGACCCGAUCUUAUCAGUAUCUUACAGAAGAGGACUUGGAGGAAACACCUAAGGGUGGCUUAGACAUAUUAAAGUCUUUGGAAAAUACAGUCUCAAGUGCAAUCAGCAAGGCCCAAACUGGAGCACCAACAUGGGGCGGAUACCCCAGCAUUCACGCUGCUUAUCAGCUCCAUGGAUCCCUGAAGUCUAAUUUGCCCUCUUGUGCAUCAGUUCAACCUCUGUUCAGUAGUUCCAGUUUGAAGGUAAUGUCCUCCGACAUGGGUUCUCUGAUCCAUUCACCAAAUAGCCCCUCUCCACCUCUUAGCCACAAAAGCAAUGUGUUGGCUAUGGAGGAGCUGGUGGAAAAAGUGACAAGGAGUGGUUCCACCAAUGACGGAAAAGAAGACAAACCGUGUGAGAGUAAGUGCAUGUCUGCAAAGUCACCACUGCAAAAUCCCAAGGCCAGUGCAGAAGCUCUGUCAAAAGUAAUGCAAAGCUCUACAGUUGAAAUCCCUAUUGAUCUAAAAGGUAAAGAAGAGCUACCUGAGCCCAAAACAGAAGUAAAGAUCAAAGCUGGGCAUGACUCACCACAAAAAACAGGUAGCAAUGGCUGCAGUAGCCUCAGCAUUAUCACCGAUCACUUGUCUGAGCAACCUCUCAUCAGCCCUCUCAGUGCUUUGCAGUCUGUCAUGAACAACCACUUGGGGAAAGCUACAAAAGUUCCCAGACCCUCUGUGGACCCAUUCGCAAUGCUUUAUAAGAUGAGCAGUUACGCCCAGAGUAAGCAAGCAGAGCCGGCGAGUCAACAUCGUAACGAUGAAUAUGAUCAGCCCAUUGACUUGACAAAAUCCAAAAGCAGCAGCAAUAUCAGUUCAGCUAAAGCUAGUCCUACAACACCAAACAAUAGUAACACAAAUAGUGUCAAAGCAGCUUUUAGAAAUUUCUCAUCGUCAUCAUCAUCAUCUCCGCCUCUUCGAGAAAAUGCUUUGAUGGAUAUUUCAGACAUGGUUAAAAAUCUCACAGGCCGUUUGACACCAAAGUCUACUACGCCGUCCUCCGUCUCGGAGAAAUCCGACAUGGAUGGCUUUACUUUUGACGACAGCAUGGAGGAGCUGUCUCCUAUCCAAAGAAGGAAAGGCCGACAGUCGAACUGGAAUCCCCAGCACCUCCUGAUUCUUCAGGCUCAGUUUGCUUCUAGUCUUCGAGAGACACCUGAGGGAAAGUUCAUAAUUAGUGACUUGGGACCCCAAGAGAGAGUCCACAUCUGUAAAUUCACUGGUCUUUCCAUGACCACUAUCUCACAUUGGCUGGCCAAUGUAAAAUACCAGUUAAAGAGGACAGGCGGAACAAAAUUCCUCAAAAACAUUGAUUCCGGCCAACCUCUGUUUUUGUGUAGUGACUGUGCUUCCCAGUUCAGGACUCCCUCGUCCUACAUUAACCAUUUGGAAUCCCACCUGGGAUUCACCCUAAAGGAUCUCUCCAAGCUUUCCGUAGACUUACUUGAGCAGCAGGCAGUGAGCAGAAUUGAGGACAAGACGUUUACGUCCUCUGGACUUACUGAAGAUGACUCUGGCUCAGCAUAUCAGUGUAAACUGUGCAACCGGACAUUUGUGAGUAAACAUGCAAUCAAAUUGCACCUUUGUAAAACGCACGGAAAGUCGCCGGAGGACCAUCUCAUCUUUGUGAAAGAACUUGAAAAGUUAGAUAAACAGUGAAAUCAGUGAUAAUUUGACAGAUUUCUGUUGCACUAAAUCUCCCAAGUCUCGAUCUGUCAACACAGAUAGUGCCACAACUCUUAACACAAACAUGAGGUUUCAUACCUCAUAUUCUAGUUCUAAUCAUUUGGUAUGUUUUGAAUUAAUAGCGCUUUCAGUGAAGCAGCUCAAAAAAAAAAAAAA